AAUUAAUUAAUAAUAAAAUAAAUACACCAGUACUAAUUAAAAGAAAUUAAUAAUAUUAAAUAAAUGUUCCUAAUACGCGUGAGUUUGGUCUCACAAACGACAGCUCUAAAUAAAGCCACACCGAUUUCUCGCCAUUCACAUUAAACUCAGAAGAGAAAAUUCAACCAAAUUUAGUCUCCAAAAUUUUCUCAACAGAUUCCUGGUAACCAAACAGCCACCACCACACACAACAAACCAAAGAAGCUCUCUCUGUCUAGUCUUCCAAUGCCAAAUAUUUUAGUUAGAAUAUUCCUUAUAUAUAACCUUCUCAAUUCCUUCCUCCUUUCGUUGGUGCCCAAGAAGCUAAUCCCUUUUUUACCUUCUUCUUGGUUCCACCAAACACCACAAACUCCAUUAACGACCGUACAAUCAUCGGCACUCGCUACGGCCAUCAGUAACAAGAAGAACAAGAUCGAGAGAAUGGAGCCGACGGAGCUGAGUCGUGUGUUCCAAAUGUUCGACCGGAACGGCGACGGGCGGAUCACGAAGAAGGAAUUGAACGAUUCGCUGGAGAAUUUGGGUAUCUUUAUCCCUGAUAAGGAGUUGUCUCAGAUGAUAGCGAAAAUCGACGCCAAUGGCGAUGGGUGUGUGGACAUGGAAGAGUUCGGCGAGCUUUACAGAUCGAUCAUGGACAAUCGAGAGGCAGAGGACGAUGACAUGAAGGAGGCCUUUGAUGUGUUCGAUCAGAAUGGAGAUGGGUUCAUCACCGUGGAUGAGCUCAGAUCGGUGUUAGCUUCCCUUGGGCUUAAGCAAGGGAGGACCGUAGAGGAUUGCAAAAAGAUGAUCAUGAAGGUUGACGUGGACGGUGAUGGCAGGGUUAAUUACAAGGAGUUUAGGCAGAUGAUGAAAGGUGGUGGCUUUAGUGCUUUGACUUAGAAUUUUUAUUUAUUUAUUUUAUUAUUAUUAUUAUAAUUAUUUUUCAUCUUUAUUUGGAGGGAAGGGUGGAUUUCUAUUAGGAAACUUUUUUUUUUUUUUUUAAAAAUUUCUCUGUAAAUAUUUUUGGAGAAGUUUCAAUCUAUUGAGUUUGGGAAACGUGGCUUAAUCUGAGCAUAUAAGAACCGAAAUGGCCAAUGGUGGGUGUCAUGAAGCUUUUACUUUACCUUUCAGAAAACAUAAGAGGAGCAAGGGAAAGAAAAGAUGUUUUUUUGAAAAAUGUGUGUUCUAAGAUGGGCAAGUGUGAUUUUUUUUCUUAUCAUCUUUCAAUUGUAAUGGUUUUGUUCAUUAAUGAUGUGAAUUUAAUUAUUCGAAGUA